GCAGGAGGAAGCAGGAAGUAAAUUCCAUAAUAUUUGCGAGAUGGUCGACAGCUUUGCAGGUUGUUUAGCUUAGCUAAUGAUUUCAUUAUGGACUGCAGUUUACGAUAAUUCUGUGCACUUAUUCAGAAACGUUACACGAGCGGGUCAUCGCAUAUCGGACACAGAAUUGGAAACGUGUGAUCUGGCCACACGACUGACCCGGGUGUUUUUGCUGAAGUCACCAUGAGUCGUAGUCGGAACGCCCCCGCCCGGGGUCAGGGAGCCGCCAAGGCUAGACAGAUGGGGCUGCUGUUGGAUCUGGCCCCAGAUGGUGGCGGCGACCUUGAGGGAAAUGAUGGCGACUUGGAGGCGGAGCUUCUCUCCCUGAUUGGCGACGGGGGACCGCCACAGGGCAAAAAACAAGGUGGCGGAGCUCCAGUGCCAAUGGCAGAUAUUGAGCGCAUGGCUGCCCUCUGCAUGAAGGACCUAGAUGAGGAUGAGGAAGGAGAUGAGGAUCUUGAGAGCGACGCGGACCUCUUGGCGGAGCUAAACGAGGUUUUGGAGGAUGACGAGGAGGAGAAGGCCGUCACCCCUCCCCAAUCAAACGCGGCGCCCCGGUCCGCCGCCCAGUCUCCUGCUGUCUCGGGUGGGCUGGAGUCCCGUCUCAUUGAGCGCAUUGACAUGUACCAGACAGCCAUCAGCAACGCCAAGGCAGCGGGGGAGACCAGUAAAGCGCGCAGAUAUGACCGAGGACUGAAGACAUUGCAGUCCAUGCUGUCGUCAGUAAAGAAGGGAAAGCCAAUCAACGAGGAGGAGAUCCCACCUCCCGUCGCCACAGGCGGCAAGGCCUCACCAGCUUCUCAGCCAGAGCCAAUCAGAGAGAGGGAACAGCCAGCUCCAGAGCCGGCUCCUGCACCGCCGACCAAUGAGAAGCCCCUUCAGGAUGCUCCACCAGUGUCAUCUAAACCCAACCUCCUGGUACCUCCACAGAAGGCAUCUGCCAUCACCCCAGAUACACCACUUAUCUCUCCCCUCACCCCCAGCCAUCCAGACCCACAACAUUCAGAAGCAAAGAGCCUGGUUCUGAGCAGGCAGAGGGAGUACAAACUGGCUGCCAUCCAAGCCAAGCAGAGCGGGGAUACAGAGCUGGCCAAGCGCCACUACCUGACAGCCAAGAAAUUAGACACAGUGGUGGAGGCAUUGGACAAAGGGGAGUCAGUGGACACGAAGGCCCUUCCGCCCCCUCCUGGAGAUGCAGUGGUUGAAAGCCCAGCUCCUCCUCCCCAGUCCUCCUCCCAGCCCCCCACCGCAGCCGCCGCUCCUGCUCCUGCAGUGCCCCCUGUGGCCGAUGCCGCUCUCCCGGCCCCUCGCAACGUGGCAGAGGCCCUGCAGCAACGCAUGGAGAAGUACAAGCAGGCUGCGGAGGGGGCCAAGAGCAAAGGGGACGACCGCAAGGCCCGCAUGCACCAGCGCAUCGUCAAGCAAUACCAAGAUGCCAUCAGAGCACAUAAAGCUGGUCGUCCAGUCAACCUGUCUGACCUGCCUGUCCCUCCUGGGUGCCCACCCCUUCAGGGCUCAGAGGGUGGGGAACAGAACUUCAUGGGUGUUCUGGAGACGGCUAUGAAACUGGCCAAUCAGGACGCAGAUGCUGAGGACGAUGAUGGACCAGGGGAGGAAGUGGCAAAGCCGGCAGCAAAGCCCGCUGCCCCGCGCGCGAAGGCAGCGGCCCCUCCCCCACCCGGCACUGCCUCCCAGGGGACGAAUCCAGCCCCCAGUAAAGGCGCUAAACUGGGACCGAAAGCCCAGCAGCAGCUGGACUUCCUGCUGAUGCGCAGGCAGCAGUUUGUGCGCGCGGCUCUGCGCUCCAAGCAGAUGAAGGACAUGCAAGGGGCCGCUCUGCAUCUGCGCAACGCCAAGGGCCUCGAUCAGAUGAUCACCGCCGCCAAGGGGGGGCUGCCCGUCGACAUCACCAAGGUGCCCAGCGCUCCAGUCACUGAGGAGGACUACUCGCUGGCCCAGACCCGCAGCUCCCCGCUCUCCCCCCGCACCUCCGAGCAGUACACCCAGCUCAUGGAUCACCUGCGUCAGCAGCACGAGAAGUGCCUGGGAUACUCCCAGCAGUUCACUCACAUGGGCAAUGUCGCUGAGACCGCCAGGUUCGAAAAGCUGGCAGAGGAGUGCAUGCAGAACAUCGAGAUGCUGAAAAAGGCCCACGCCAAGGGCCGCCCCGUUCCCAGGUUCCACACGGAGGAGCGGACCUUCAACGGCGUCAAGAUCUUCCCAAACCUGACUGCCAAUGACUUGGUGCUGACCGUAGUAAAGGGCAUAAACCUGCCUGCACCCCCAGGAGGCUCUCCCAAUGAUUUGGAUGCCAGCAUUCGCUUUGAGUUUCCGUUCCCCAGCUCGGAAGAAGCCCAGAGAGAUAAGACUAGCACUGUGAAGAACACCAACUGUCCAGAGUUUCAGGAGAAAUUCAAACUCAACAUCAACCGAGGUCACAGGGCAUUCAAGAGGGUUGUUCAGUCCAAGGGCAUCAAGUUUGAGAUCAUUCAUAAGGGUGGGUUGUUCAAGACGGACAAGGUGGUAGGAACCGCCCAGCUCAAGCUGGACUCUCUGGAGACGCAGUGCGAGAUCAGACAGCUUGUAGAGGUUCUAGAUGGGCGGAAGCCCACAGGGGGCCACCUGGAGGUACGGGUGAAGAUUCGGGAGCCUCUGGGUGGGCCACAGCUCCAAACCAUAACGGAGAAGUGGUUGGUCAUUGACCCCAUCCCUGCGUCCCCGCCGAAAGAGAAGAUGGGGAGAAGAGGGGACCCAGGGCCUCCCCCCAGAAAAGAUGUUGCUGUUCCUAAAUCCAAACCUCACAGUGACCAUGGGAGAAAUGUGAACACCGGCCGUUCGCCUCCACAGUACAAGCUUCACAGCUUCAAGCUGCUACAGCACGACAGGGAGAGGAUAGAGUUGAAGAUCACCGAGUACAAGCGGAACAGGAGGGAGCCUCCACCAGACCUGCUGCAGCAGCACAGGGAGAUCAGUCACAGGAUGCAGUGGCAGGCAGCCUACCUGGAGAGAGCCUCACCCAGCCUGCUCACAGAGUAUGAUAAAGUUCUGCAGCGGCUUGUCCAGGGCCUAAGUGAGGGUGUGAAGAAAUAUUCCGGCCAGGGCAACAGGGAAGCUGCAAAGGAUGCACUGGGGAGAAUGAGGAUGGUGGAAAGUGAGCUGGAGAGUCUGAGGAGGAAGCGCGCAAUCUGAGCUAAAGUUCAGUGAGAAGACAGAGGGCGACUGAGGCUCGGGCUGGCAUGAUACAAGGACGUGCUCAUCAUACAAGGACAUGCGCGCGCGCGCGCACACACA